CGUGCGGAGGAGUCACGUGCGGGGGCGUAGCGUCACAAAUGUGGCGGAUGGUGGCAUUGACUCUUCAUCUCAAUCAACUGGGGAGUGGCGGCGCCUCGCCCAACACCUUCUUGCCUUCGUCGGGAGUUCUGUCCCAUGCAUACGCCCUAGACGGCAUUGUUUACAGAAUCCGCGAUCUGACCCGAAGAGAUGCUGCGCCAACACUUUGGAUCCUCCUUGUUCUCGAUGGCAGUCCGAGCGUGCUGCUCGAGGCUAGACAGGACGCGGCAGAUAGCGACUGCCGCAGUGUGAUCCCGCAUCCACUUCCCCACGAGACGCUGUGGCAGCCCCAGCGCCAGUGGAAGCCACUGGCGCCUUCUUAAACGGUCAGUGUUUCUUUCGCACGAUCACAAUAUCCGUUCACGUCCUCCGCGCUGACGUCCUCCAUAUCGGUAACCGUGCCUCCCACAAGCACGUUUCCACCAUCCAGGGCUGCCCAGAGCUCCCCACCAUCCAAUCACGCCGCACGCUACCUCGUCAGCCUCGC